ACGAAACUUAAUUAAAGACUCAAAAAACCAUAACCAAAAAAAAAAGAGACCAUAAACCAAAAGGCAAAAGCCGCCCCUUCCUCGUGCAAUAUACUUCUACUUGGUAGUUUUCAUCUACCUAACUUUCAAAUUUGGUUAUAAUAACUAGGUUGCUAGACCUUCAAAUUGUUGACUACUAUACAAAAUAAAUACAUUAAGUUUGUGCGUGAAUCGUGAUACCAUCAAAAUUAGAAGAACGAAUACGUGCGUAAUACUUCAAAUCAGGCUAUAAAAGACGAAGGAAGCAGGAGGAUUAUCGAUGCCCCAAGUGUUGGAACAUAAAUACGCGACGAUAAAACUGUUCAAAUUCAUCAAAUGUCCGGGAAAAGAGAACACAUUAAGCAAAUUUUCAGAAAACACAAAUACUCAUUUUGGGACUAUUUUCAGCCAUGUUCACACAUCGGACACCGUAUGAGUCGUAUGACUACAACUUUCGCUCAAUUGAAUCUGAAUAGUAGCAUGGGGGAUCCAAUAUUUGAGACAAAUAGACUAUUAAAGGAGUUCUGGAUUCCUGAUUAUAUACUAAAUCAUGAUUUCGAGCCUGAGGACUGUUCAUAUGAAAUUCCUGAUAGUCCUGUAAUUGUCUUUGUUAACUCAAAAAGUGGAGGUCAACUUGGUGGGAGUCUCCUCGAAACAUAUCGUUCUCUUCUUAAUCAAAAUCAGGUAGUUGAUUUAUUGGAGCAAGCACCAGAUGAGUUUCUACGUACGCUUUAUCUCAAUCUGGAAAAGCUAAAACAAAAGGAAGAUGACUUGGCUAUAAAGAUCCAGGAGAAACUAAGACUAGUCGUUGCCGGUGGUGAUGGUACAGCUGGAUGGCUUCUUGGAGUUGUUUGUGACUUGAAGUUGUCGCAUGCUCCUCCUAUUGCUACAAUGCCCCUUGGAACAGGAAACAACCUCCCUUUUGCAUUUGGUUGGGGAAAGAAAAACCCAGGGACAGAUAAAGAAUCUGUCAAGGCAUUCUUGUAUCAAGUCAUGAAGGCAAAAGAAAUGAAAAUCGACAACUGGCAUAUCCUUAUGAGGAUGAAGAUCCCAGCUGAAGGAAAUUGUGAUCCGAUUGCGCCUCUUGAGUUGCCUCAUUCACUACAUGCAUUUCAUCGUAUUUCCUCGACAGAUUCUUCUAACAUGGAAGGCCACCUUACAUUUCGUGGUGGAUUCUGGAACUACUUCAGCAUGGGAAUGGAUGCCCAAGUGUCUUACGCAUUUCAUUCUGAGAGGAAGUUGAAUCCUGAAAAGUUUAAAAACCAGUUGGUCAAUCAGAGUACAUAUGCUAAACUUGGGUGUACACAAGGCUGGUUUAUGGCUUCCCUUUUUCAUCCUGCUGAUAAGAACAUUGCACAGCUAACGAAGGUGAAGAUCAUGAAGAAACCUGGUGGUCAAUGGGAAGAACUCACUAUUCCUUCUAGUAUCAGGUCAAUUGUAUGCCUCAAUUUGCCAAGUUUCUCAGGUGGACUAAAUCCUUGGGGCACACCAAACAAGAAUAAAUUACGAGAUAGAGAUUUGACUCCUCCGUAUGUUGAUGAUGGCCUUAUCGAAGUUGUUGGUUUUAGAAAUGCUUGGCAUGGGCUUGUUCUCCUAGCACCAGAUGGUCAUGGGACUCGUCUUGCACAGGCAAAGAGAAUCCGUUUUGAGUUCCACAAAGGUGCUGCUGAACAUACCUUUAUGAGGAUUGAUGGUGAACCUUGGAAACAACCUCUACCAGUUGAUGAUAAUGCUGUUGUGGUAGAAAUCUCUCACCAUGGUCAGGUGAAUAUGCUUGCCACUCAUGGUUGUCGUGCGAGAAGUAUGCAUGAUCCAUCUUCAGUACAUAAUAGUGUGACUGGAGACGAUAACAAAGACGAUUCUCCAGCCACAAUAGGUGAAGAGUGGAGGAAAUUUGGUGCUGCUAGCACGUUCAGGAUUCCAGAUGAAGUUGACUUAUCACAUCUGAGUUAGGCCUAUAUUCCACCCUAAGGUGAAUACCUGUGAGUAAACACUGACGAAAUCUUUAUCAGUUUUUGUUAUAUUGAUUGAUGAUUACAUGUAAUAUUAAAUUCAUUAAUGUACGCAUGUUAGAGUAAUGGUUAUUUUACUUGACCAAAGACGUAUAAUCAUUGUAUUGGUUUCCAUUCUCAAAGCCUCCAACUGUUAUAAAUAUCAACAGGAGAAGACGAGAAAAACACGAUAACUAAAUUUCCUUGUAAUUUGUAUUAUGUAUAAAGCGGAAUAAUGUUUCACGA